AUGGUGUCCAUCCGGAGGCGGCGGUGGAGCACGGGUAAGAAAAGCGUCUCCGCCGGCGGGAAUUCGAAGCAGUGGAGGUUCAAGGUGAAGGAUCUCGUGCGGAGGAGCCAUAGCAAGGGGAGCAAGAGCCGUAUCGUCCUUCUGACUGACGAAACGAAGGCAAUUACAGAAACGCCGGCGGGUGGCUGUGUGAUUCCGGCGCCACAGCCGCGUGGUGCAAUCGGGAUGGCGGCGAGAAGCGGCAGGUACUGCGGCGUUCAUACCUGCCGUACAGGCAGGAUUUGGUGGGGCUCUUCGAUAACAUGA